CGAACGAACGCGCAUCUCUCUCUUUUCGGGUCUCGGUUAUGCUUCGCGAAUAUCGGGCGCAUGUACAAUCAAAACGCGAUUCGAGCCGAUUGUGAACGAUCUCGCGACAAGAAUUGUGACCGCACCACGCGGAUGAUUGAAGAUUUCGUGAUUAUGUUUUAUGGUAUAAAAAAAAUCCGUUGAGUCUGCAAUCAUUAGUGGGAUUUACGGGAGUACGAGAUCUAUGAUUUAGAUUGGAUGCAGUUAACUGAUCGGAACGGCGAGGAGAACGAAAUUUCCGAGAUAUUGGACUGCGCGCAGAAAAGUAAAGCUUAACGAUACGAAGGACAUUCAAGCGUAAACAGGACAGUGAUUUUCGUGAGAGAUCUUCAUCAUACAAAUCAUCAUGCGGCAAUUUCUCUACACUUUCCUUAUUCUUCAGCUAUUGACAAUCUUGUUUGCAUCGUCAAGUCUGGCAGUGACGAGGCAGUUGCGCGGCAAAAAAAAGAUUGUUGCGAAGGAGGCGAAAGAGACAAAUAUCUGUGACGUUCAUGUUCAGCAGGCGCCGAUAUACUGCUACUGCAACAAUAACGGUCUGCAAAAUGCUACGAAUGCCAAUUGCUGGGUGAUGAGCAAGGUCGAGCGUGACAAUCCCAUGUGGAGUUCCUUUACGUCGCAGAUCCAUCUGAAAGAUCUGACGUUUACGGUGCGCCAGAUCGACAGCCUGGAUUAUGUGCCCAGUCAACUACUGCAUCAAUUGAAGAGCUUGCGCUCUGUUACGUUCCAGUAUGCGAACUUUCAUGAGAUCGUCGAACAUACUUUUAGUAAUCUUAUAGAUAUCAUCAAGAUCAAUCUCAACCGCAACAUGAUUUUCACGCUACACAAAAACGCUUUCGAGAAUAUGCGGGAUCUCACCGUUAUCAAUCUCGAUGAGAAUCACAUCUCCGAGAUUAAUAGAGACACGUUUGUCAAUUUGCCGAGCCUGCGCAAGCUGCAUCUGAACCAGAACAAUAUCAGCACCGUACGCGACAGAGCAUUUAAGCAUUUGAGUUUACUACAAGAGCUUGAGCUAAGCAGUAAUCAAAUAACGAGUAUCACGCACGAAACUUUCUACGGUCUGCGCAAUUUACUACGUCUCGAUCUGCGCAACAAUCAAAUCGCCAUGAUUGGAAAGCGCAACUUUGCCGAGCUGUCGGCACUAAUUGAGCUUGAACUUGAUCAAAACGCAAUUACAUAUAUAUCUGAAAAAGCAUACGACGGUAUGCACAGUCUUCAGAAGCUGCGGCUCAGCGAGAAUCUGCUAGUGAAGCUGCCGCAAGAUUUCCUGGCUGGUGCACCCGGUGUUUACUUUUUAGAUUUGAGACGAAAUUACUUGAAGACCAUGACCUUCGAUAAUAUUAAACCUAUCGUAACCAAUCUUUACGACCCUAAUAGUCACUUCUAUCUGAGCGAAAACGAUCUGAUCUGCGACUGCAAGCUUGCAUGGAUCUGGGGCCUGCGAAAUGAAACAAAAAACAUGAAACUAAGAGAUGCCUUAGAGGAGCUGACUUGCUUUCUUGAGAGCAGUAACACAACGCAAAAGAUCAACAAUGAAGGUCUGGGAAAAAAUCAACCUGAAAUUGCUAAGGAAUAUUCUCCUGGUAUUUCGAAAGAUGAUAGUAACGAAUACAAUGAGGAUGACAGCAGUUAUAAUGACGAGAUCGACGAUGAAAAUUCUUCUUCAAAUUCGAAUUUCGACAAGAUCAGCGAUAGGAAGUGCUGUAGAAAGCAUUUGUUCGAAUUAAAGCCGGAGGAGUUACCAUGCCCGGAGAUUUCUCGAGAAGAUUUAAUGGCCUCUGAGCAGCCAUCUAGCCGUCAUGAAAACGCACGCGUCGGUUCUUCUGGCUCUAGCUGGUUUAGUUCCGGUUCGAUUUCAAUUCAGGCUGGUCAGUCCAUCCUCGCUACCCUCUCAUUGUUAUUGCUAUCUAUACUUUUUUCCACAUAGAACCAACCAUGUGCAUUCAAGAAAGCAACCAAAAACGUCAUUUGGCGUUCUGAUAUCCCCGAGUGAGCAAAAAGAAAAUCGCACAUAAAUGAAACUGGAAUGUAUGACAGUAGAUGUGUGCAUGUGAAAGCGUUUGUGUUGUGUAUGUGUACAUGCAUAUGCACUUACAAACUUAACACUGUCUUGAGACGUACCUUCGAGAUAUCCCAAAGCGCUUACAAUUAUCGUUUAAUGAAUUAUGAAAAAUGUCUAAAAAAAGUUUCCGAAUUAAAAUAGUGUCGCACAGAAACGUGGUUGCAUAUCAAUAAAACGUCUAAAUCAUGUCAUCUGUCCAAAUCAAUAUGCACAAUCGUGUUUGUAUAUAAUUUUUAAAGUUCGAUAAUUUUUUAAAUAUAUUUCAUAUGUACUUGACAUGUAACACACACAUUGUAAAAGGAUUCACCAUUAUACGAAGCAUCUUAUCACGUAGACUCUGUAAACGAGCCAAUUACCAAAAUAUUAUUUUUACGAUAUAAUUCAUGUGUUCAUGCCAGAAUGGUCACAUCAAAAUGAUAAGCUUCUAUUUAGUUUUAUUUUACAUGACAUUAGUGUGACCUCUCGCGCGCGCGCAUGCGCGCCAACGCGCUUUUGGGCCUUAUAUUACUGUACAUCGUUAUUGUAUUCGUACAGUAUAUACUUCUAUGCACGUUACCGUAUGCAUAAGAAUACUAAAUAUAGUAUAGUCUCGUGGGGACCUUCUGGGGAAUAGAAGCAAAAUAUUCUUUGGAAAAAAAAAAAUUAAUAAGUACACCCUCUUUACAGUGCAAACUGCUCAAUCGACUUGCACUGAGCAUGCCAUCAUGUGAUGUGCCCAUUAUGAUGUAAAGGGGACGCGACAUUAGCAUUCAUAGAAUGUGGAGUAUCAAAAUUAAAGGAAUAAAAUUUAAGAAGACUCUACUGUAACGUGCAACAUCGCCGUUUCUCUCGUUAACAUAUUACGCUUGCGUGAUACACUGCCACUUAGAUCAUAAUCAUUAUAUUCUGGCUGAUCUCGUCUAAUGAUGUGUCUAUUCAACAGCUAUAUUUACAACACCUCUAAAUACCAAAUAUAAAAAUGACAUAAACGUAAAAUGACAUCAUGAAUUGGCAUAAUUUGCAAUAUAUAUUAAAAAUCUUAAAUAUAGAGAAAUUGAUAACAGAUAACACAUUCUAUAAUUAUUUAUUUGUGAGUAAAAUAUAAUAUUCAUUCCUUUUUCACCACUAGUUUUAUUUAUUCUAAUUUUAAGAUAAUUUUUCAUAAUUUUGAUAUGAUCAUAUUAUUAGUUUUUACCAAUUUUUUAUAACUUUUUACAGGAUGCUGUAAAAUAUAAAUGUUGCAAAUAUAAAUGUACGGAUAGCUUUAAAUUUUUAAUAUAAAUUUACACGACAUAUUUUCUUUUGCCUCCUUUUUUUAUAAUUUUUUAUUCGAUAUUAUAAAUUAUCAAAUAUUAUUUCGCAUUCUGUCAUCUCAUUAAGUACUUUGCAAUUAAUACCAUUUAGAAUUUGGUUUAUUAUAUAUAUUUAUAACAAUUGAUUAUAACCAAUGAUUAUUAAUGGUAGAUGAAUAAAUGUCGCCACAAUCACACGAUCGUAUAUGAUAAAUAUAGCAACCUCUACAACAAGAAUUGACAUUAAAAGAAAAUUUCUGAAAAAAAUUUAAAAGAAUACAAGUAUCAAAAUUUAAUAUUACCAUAAUUUUAAUAUAUUUAUCAAUAAAAAUUAAAAAAACGAAACAGCUGAAUUGUUACAAAAACGG